GAAGCCGCCAUGGCAACCAAACAGAGGGCGAGGGGAAGAGGAUGUGCUCACACAGGAGGAAGGACUGCAGUGUUCCUAACCUCUCAACCACUCGACCCAUCCAAAAGAGCCUCACCCGGCAGGACAGCCAGUACAGCGAGGACAUGGACAACCUCAUGAACACCAAGCUGGUCUCCGGCUCGACCCCGCCCGGUGAAGGUUACCCUCCUGUCCCCAACCACACCGCGGCCCCUGCAGGCUUUGGGUCGGCCCUCCACCUCGCUAACAGCGCCACUCAUGGCAGUUUGGUCACUUUAGACAGCUACGGCAGCAUCGCGCAUCACCGUGCCAACAGCGUCAUCAGGCUGCCCCACCCCGACUACACCGCUGUAGACAUGCCAAUAUUUCCAUCUACAAAUGCCAAACUGCAGGUUAAUAAGAAUGCCAACACGGAGCCUCUGCCAGCGAAGGAGGAUAAGGACGACGAUGACGAUGAGAAGGGAGGAGAAGGAGGACCCAGGCCCAUGCCUCCCUUCAGCUCCAUGUUCAUCCUGUCCACCACCAACCCGUUUCGGCGGGCGUGUCACUACAUCUGCACCCUGCGUUACUUUGAGAUGUGCAUCCUGCUGGUCAUUGCUAUGAGCAGUAUCGCCCUGGCUGCUGAGGACCCCGUGUGGCCUGAAUCCCCUCGUAACAAUGUCCUGCGUUAUUUCGACUACGUGUUCACGGGAGUGUUCACUUUUGAGAUGCUCAUUAAGAUGGUGGAUCUGGGGUUGGUCUUGCACCAGGGCUCUUAUUUCCGGGACUUGUGGAACAUCCUUGACUUUAUAGUGGUUAGUGGUGCUCUGGUGGCCUUCGCCUUCACGGGGAGCAGUAAAGGAAAAGACAUCAGCACGAUCAAGUCUCUGCGAGUACUGAGAGUGUUACGGCCUCUGAAGACCAUCAAACGUCUUCCAAAACUCAAGGCUGUGUUUGACUGCGUGGUGAAUUCCCUAAAGAAUGUGCUCAACAUCCUGAUCGUCUACUUACUCUUCAUGUUCAUCUUUGCCGUGGUGGCCGUGCAGCUGUUCAAGGGCCGCUUCUUUUACUGCACUGAUGAGUCCAAAGAGUUUGAGCGCGAUUGCAGGGGCGAGUAUCUGGAAUUCGAGCGUGAUAACGAAGUGAAGGCGCUGAAGCGGGAGUGGAAGAAGUACGAUUUCCACUACGACAACGUGGCUUGGGCCCUUCUCACCCUCUUCACCGUGUCUACCGGAGAGGGGUGGCCGCAGGUGCUGAAGCAUUCGGUGGAUGCGACCUAUGAGAACCAGGGCCCGAGCCCGGGGUACCGGAUGGAGAUGUCCAUCUUUUACGUGGUGUACUUCGUGGUCUUCCCCUUCUUCUUCGUCAACAUAUUCGUGGCUCUCAUCAUCAUCACCUUCCAGGAGCAAGGGGACAAGAUGAUGGAGGAGUACAGUUUGGAGAAGAACGAGAGAGCCUGUAUAGACUUCGCCAUCAACGCCCGGCCUCUGACGCGCCACAUGCCUCAGAACAAGCUGAGCUUCCAGUACAAGAUGUGGGAGUUUGUGGUGUCGCCGCCAUUUGAGUAUACUAUCAUGGCGAUGAUCGCGCUCAACACCGUCGUACUGAUGAUGAAGUAUGACGGAGCUUCUGUUACCUAUGAAGCUGUGUUAGCCAACCUGAACAUAGUGUUUACGUCCCUCUUCUCCAUGGAGUGUGUACUCAAGAUCAUCGCCUUUGGAGCUCUGAAUUAUUUUAAAGAUGCCUGGAACAUAUUUGACUGUGUGACAGUUCUGGGCAGCAUCACUGACAUCCUGGUCACAGAGCUCGGGAAUAAUUUCAUCAACCUGAGUUUCCUGAGGCUGUUCAGGGCGGCUCGUCUCAUCAAGCUGCUGAGGCAGGGAGAAACCAUCCGCAUCUUGCUCUGGACCUUUGUUCAGUCCUUCAAGGCGCUGCCUUAUGUCUGCCUCCUCAUCGCCAUGCUGUUCUUCAUCUACGCCAUCAUUGGGAUGCAGCUGUUUGGGAAUAUUCAACUGGAAAAGGAGGAAGAUAGUGCCAUCAACCAGCACAACAACUUCAGGACCUUCGUACAGGCUCUCAUGCUGCUCUUCAGGAGUGCAACAGGGGAGGCGUGGCAUGAAAUCAUGCUGGCGUGUCUGGGGGGUAAGAACUGUGACGAGCUGUCAGGGAACACAGAUCCAGAGUGUGGCAGCCAGUUCGCCUACCUCUACUUUGUCUCCUUCAUCUUCUUCUGUUCCUUCCUGAUGCUGAAUCUGUUUGUUGCCGUCAUCAUGGACAACUUUGAGUACCUGACUAGGGAUUCAUCCAUCCUGGGACCUCACCACCUGGAUGAGUAUGUCAGGAUAUGGGCCGAGUAUGAUCCUGCUGCCUGCGGGCGAAUUCAUUAUAAGGACAUGUACAGUUUAUUGCGAGUUAUCGACCCGCCUCUCGGCUUAGGCAAGAAAUGCCCUCAUAGGGUGGCCUGCAAGAGACUCCUCCGCAUGGAUCUUCCCGUUGCCGACGACAACACGGUCCACUUCAACUCCACGCUCAUGGCCCUGAUCCGCACGGCCCUGGACAUCAAGAUCGCCAAGGGUGCGGAAGGUGGCGUCGACAAGCACCAGAUGGACGCAGAGCUGAGGAAGGAGAUGAUGGCGAUUUGGCCCAAUCUGUCCCAGAAGACUCUGGAUUUGCUGGUUACGCCGCACAAGUCGACAGACCUGACGGUUGGGAAAAUCUACGCUGCCAUGAUGAUCAUGGAGUACUACCGGCAGAGCAAAAUCAAGCGCUCACAGGCACUUCGGGAUGAGCAGAAUCGAACACCAUUACUGUUUCAGCGCGUGGAGCCACCUUCCCCGACCCAGGACGGGGGUCCGGGACUUAACAACGCUCUGCCUCCGCCUAACACAACAGAGACGGCCAACAGCCUGUGAGCCGGUGGGAGCGGGAUCCCGGAGAGCCAAUCAUGGGUGACGGCUCGUGCUCAGGAGAUGUCCCAGAAGGUGGGCAGCUGGAGUCCUGAGGGACACCCUGAGGACGGCCUGGGAAGCAUGAGCAACUCUCAGACGGUAGAGAUGAGAGAGAUGGGGCAGGAUGGUUACUCGGAUACUGAGCACUUUCCACCAAUGGAAGGCCAUGGCAGGGCCGCUUCCAUGCCCCGCCUCCCGGGCGACAACCAACGGAGGAAGGGGAAACAACGUGGCAGUAACCUCAGUACCAUCAGCGACAGCAGUCCCAUGAAGCGCUCGGCAUCGUCUCUGGGCCACAGCAGGUCCGGGCGUGGACACCGGGACAAAGGAGGACCGGACGACUACACGAUGGAGCGUGUGCCCGAGGAGGGGAGGACCUCCAGACACGGACACCGGCGAAAAGAGCGGAGUCAUCGGGCGUCUGAAAGGUCCCUCUGUCGAUACACGGAGGCUGACACAGGCCUCGGCACAGACCUGAGCACGACCACGCAGUCAGGCGACCUCAAAGACAAGGACCGGGACAGGGAUCGCGGCCGGUCCAAAGACCGCAAGCACCACCAUCAUCACCACCACCACCACGGCUCCGUGGACAAAGAGCGCUAUGUAGCAGAGCGGGGUGGCGAGUACGGACACAGGCACUCCCGCGAGAGAGAGCAAGACCGGGAGAGGGAGAGAGAGAGGGACCGGCGCUGGUCUCGAUCGCCCAGCGAGGGACGCGAGUGCCUGACACACAGACAGGGCAGUAGUUCGGUCAGCGGGAGUCCCGUCCCCUCGACCUCGGGGACCAGUACGCCACGUCGAGGUCGAAGACAGUUGCCUCAGACCCCCGCGACCCCCCGGCCUCAUGUGACCUACUCCCCUGUUGUACGUAAGGCAAUGCCCGCGCCGCCCGGGGGACCACAGGGUCGACCCCCGGCCCCCGCCCCACGCCAUUUUUCUCCUGAGCCGCCACAAGGCCAGGGCCCUCCCCCUACUGGCCCCCCGAUGGCUCAUCAUGGCGGACCCCGACAGGGUCAUCACCCCCCCGCUCGCUGGGGAGACACAGGUGGAGGAGGCGGCGGCUCCAUGGAAGGGGACGCCUGCUUUUACAACCAGGACUAUGAGCCCCACCAUGAACCCCCUGCCUACGAGCAGAGCCCCAUGCAGGGUGGCAACCCCCACCCACAUGCUCUGGCCAAUCACCCGCUGCCUCCUCCUCCACAACCGCACAACCCCCAUCCCCUCCCUCCCCCCCAGUCCCAUCCUGUGAACAACCCUCAUCCUCAUCCUCAUCCUCACCCGCCGCCCCACCAACAGCCCAAUCGCACCUCACCGAGGACUGUCCACCACGCCCCCCCGCCCACGACCGCCCUGACCGGGCCUGGGCAGGGACAGAUGCAGCAGGCCGCCCAGCGCCGCCUCCCCAACGGCUACCGCUCUUCAUCGCCUUCCACACACCUCCACGGACCGCCACACACCGGACCUCACAAGGUCCCCCCUCCAGCCGGGCAUCCGAGGGGUCCCCGCAAGGGCCUGCAUGAACCCUACGGCGACACGGAGGCUGACGACUGGUGCUAGCCUCUGGGGACGGGGGAGGGGCUUAAAUUAGAAAAAAGAUUUGAUCGACGGACGGACGGAACAAAGAAAAUAGGAAGCUCUGAGCCAGAGCCCUGACUGCCAAGGGGACACCAUGAAUAUUCGUUCUUGUCCGUUCAAUUUCUUUCCCUCUCUUCCUCUGGGUGGCACGUCCCAGAACGUCAGGCGUUAUGACGGACGGGUGUCAGGAUGAAGGGAUGAAAUAAAAAAUGCUGAGGCAGCAUCUGGAGACAAAAAUGUGUCAGGUGUAAGGACAAAUCACCUCCACGAUCUGCGUGCAGCGUCGACGCGUUCGUCUCUGAUGCCAAAUAAGACUUAACCUCAAACUGCAGUUUUUAAGGAUGCAAGCAGGAGAGAGCUGAUGGACGAGAGUCUUUUGUGUGUCUUAAAUUUAUGCCUCUGGCAAAGAGCUACAGCCACUUACAAGAUGUCAAGAGUCGCGACUCGACAAGAGACACUUAACAGUCUGAAACGAAAGAACAACCGCUGUUUGUUUGUUUUUUUUGCCUCUUGAAGCUGACUUCAUUUAAGUUAGCUUCAAAAAAAGAAUCAAAUCCAACCCUCCCAGCCACCAGUUGAAUAUUGAUGAGUUUUAUCAUCUGUGUUUUUAAAUAAAAAAACUAUCAAUCAGCCCUCCACCUGUAUGAGGUGAGAAGGCUCAGUGGAUGGGAGAGUUGGGAAGUGUUCGACGGGGUGACAGGUCCCCCUCGGUUUAAAAUCCUGAGGACCGGAUGGGUGUGUCGGGGGGGGGGCCGCACACCAGAGAACACCCUCCUCCAAAAAACAAACAAUGUCACCAACCCCUCGACUCUGCAACCUUUGGGAGAAGAAAAACAAAAAAAAUGGAGAUGGUUUUCAGAAACGAGAAAAACAUACAAACCAGUAACUGUUUUCUUGCAGUAUUUCUUCUUCUACUCCUGCUUCUUCUUCCUCCUUCUCUUCUACUUCUUCAAAACAUUGAAGCUUGAAUCUUCUGUUGCACCCCCACACAGCUUCGGUUUUUAGACUUGCGGAGUUGUACACCCUGUUGAAUCCUGCAUGAAUGAAAAAAAUACUAAUAAUAGCAACAAUGAGAAUCUACUGUAUGCGGGGGGAAACUUUACUUGGUCAUUUCUCUUGUGGUCUUUAGGGUUUCUCUCUCUUUCUGUUUCUCUUUCUCUCUCCUCUGUAGGACAUUCCUCUCUCUGUACCUUCACAAACACUCGAAUCAAGUGACAGAGGGGAUCGGAUAUUUCAUUUAUCUACUUCUAGAAGGAACAGAAUGAUUACGUUUUGCUUGCUUGUCUGUGUUUUUCCGUGCCAGAUGCCUGCCACUGAUACAGCUCGAAAUUGCACAGAUUUUUUUGUGAAAGUAACUUUUUUAUAACUAAAGUGAUACUCUGAAAAAUGAAACACUGGGAAGCAGGGUAAAGCGGUUUAAAGGACGCUGUGUCCUUAUCGGGUCCAACAAAUCAGAAACAUUUUAAAGUCUUCCAGGGUGUGGGGGUUAAAAACAGAGACUUUAGAGAGAAAGAGACCAAAAAGAAAAGCACAGGAAGGAGAGAAACUCUUCAUCUUUGUUUUCUUUGUCACUGACCGUAAAUAACGGAUAAAAAAGAUGAUGUAAUAAUGAUGAUUAUGAUGUUUGUGAUAAUGAGACAGGUUCUCCAUGAUUGGUCUAAUAUUCUGUUGUAUGUGUUUAUUUUUUUAAUCUCAGCUAAUCAUUUUUCCAACCCUGAGGUGGAGCUCGAACCCACAGAUGCAUUGUGGGGGAUUGAGUCUGCAGGAGGGCAGGCGGGGGGGUCGGGGAUUUCUAAAAGCAGACUAAAAGGUUGUUGUCAUUUUUUUCCCCCCGACACAUGAAGAUUAUAUCGAUGUAAGAAAGCGGCUCGAUUAAAUAAAUGUCUGCCCUCCUGCAGACGCUGAAGCGGAGUUCCAGCACUUCAUGUGACCUCGCGGUGGCGCUAUAUGACAAAUUUUGAGUUUUUAAGUGUCUCUCCCUUUAGUGAACAUAGACUCAGUGCACCAAGAAAACAGUUUAGCUCAUUCUCUCACUUGUAGAGCACCUUGUCUGUGUUCACCUUGUGUAAACACAGACGACUGAAUGGCACUGUUCAGACGGGUUGGAGAAAAGAUGUCUGGGCCUUUUUUUUGUGUUUUCCUGGAAAAGCACCUGUUGUUCUGUGGAUCACUCUUUAUAAGUGUUUAUCUCUGUGUGCCUCGAACUAACACUGGUCACUAAUGCACACCACUGUCAGCCCCGACAUUUGUUCUUUUUACUUUAAAUGUGUUUGAUUUCUUUGACUUUAGAGGCCCAUCACACGUUGACCAGGGAAUGCACCGAAAAAUAGAAAAGAAAAAAAACUGCCUAUUAGUGUCUUUCCAACCUCAGUGGAAUGUCACAGACGAGUAUUUUUUCACAUCACUACACUUAAAAAUCAGAAAGCACACUAGGUAUGUAGCUCCUGGUUGUGGUGUGUGUAUGUGUGUGUGCGCGCGCGUGUGUGUAUGUGUGUGUGUUUGCGCAUGGAAGUAGGUGCCUGUACAUGGGUGAGUGUGUUUCUGAUUAUUUUUUAUGCUUUGGUUUCACUGCUUGAUUUUCUUUCUAAUCUUUGUCUCCAGAGAUUUUUUAAACCUUCUGUGUGUGUGUGUGUGUGUGUGUGUGUGUGUGUGUGUGUGUGUGUGUGUGCGCUGUGUGUGUGUGUGUGAGAUGUCAGUAUCCCCUGAAUGAAACAGGCAAAAUCCCGAGCAUUCACCCACCCAUCUUUGUGUCAAUGCUGCAGUGAAAUCCACUAACACGCUGAUUAACCACACAAAGUCUUCAAAAAGCAAUGUAAAGCCGCAACUGAGAAGAAAAAAAAGAAGUUUUUUUUAAGUACAAAAGAUUUAAAAAAAAGGAAAAAAUAUCUAGUUCCAGAAAUGCAUGUGCUAUGUGCAUGCCACACCGUGGGUUAACAGUCAUCUUCAGGACAUAAAAAGAAAAAGCAGAUUAAUGAAUUCAGAGGAAUAAAAAAAAAGAUAUAUAAAUAGAUAGAUGUUUUUAAAAAGCAACGUUUUCUUUUUUCCUUCUAUUUUUGAGAACAAAAAAGGAUAAAAAUGCAAAAAAAAAAAAAAAAAGUCUAAAGAUGAGAAAAAAAAGAGGCUUUGGUGAGAAGAGUAAGUCUCGUUUGAUUUCUUCUGUUACAUGGGGUUGAGGCACAACACGACCAUGUUCAGGACACCACAAAAAAAGAACUGUUUUUAAUGAAAAAAAAAUCAAUAUAAAGAAAAAAAAGUACAGUUCAGACGAUGGUGUAUUCUCCCCUCUCCUCUCUGUGGGGGUCAGGGGGCCGCAGCGAGCCAUCAUGAUGAUGUUCUCAUGAUGAUGGCGGCCUUGAACCCUUGAUCUCUCACUCACUCCUGCUCUCUCUCUCUCUCUAACUCUUUCUCUCUCUCUCUCUCUCACACUCUUAUCUGUCACACUCUCAACCUGUCUCACCGCUAUUUCUUACCAGUGCAUUUUGUAAUUCCAAACAGAACUCUUCCUAAAGAAUAAAAUCCAGAGAGAAUGCA